CCCCAGUCCCCACUGCCCCUGUCGUGUUCCGUAUCUCCAGUUAGCGCGCUAGCGUUUCCGCCCGCCAUUUUGGUGUUUCGUCUGUCUGAGUCCCGGCGAAUUAUCGGUUUUUUAUUUUAAUCAGUAUUAAAAGAGAAUUCCGUGUUACUAUAUGCGUUAUUUCUAACUCUCGUUCCGUGUUAACAAAAUCAUGGGUGAUCCUUACUCGUCCUCAGAUUACAAUAGUGGAUCUUAUGGUGGUCAGUAUUCAAUACCACCUCCUUCACUAGGUUCUGGAGAUAGCAGUUAUAAUGCAGGUCAACCACCACCCAGCAAUUACAACCAAAGUGGCUAUGGGGGUCAAAAUUCUAACCAGCCGUGGAAUCAACAAAACUCCGGUGGAGCCGGUGGAGGCAGCAGUGGUGGGAGCUAUGGAGGCCAAGACAAUAACUAUGGCUCAAAUCAAAAUUAUGGCUCGAAUUAUAACAGCAGCGGUGGAUUUGAUCGCAAUGGCAGCAAUAGUUACAACAUAAGCGGCGGUAAUGAACGUGGGGGAAGCAACUACGGCGGUAGUGACCGUGGAGGAAAUUUUGGAAACAAUGAUCGUGGAAGCAGCAACUAUAGCAGUGGUGACAGAGGAAGUGGAGGAUAUGGAGGCAAUGAUCGCAGUGGAGGGUCAAACUAUGGCAGUGGGGAAAGAGGAGGCAGUGAUCGUGGAGGCUAUGGAGGUGGUGACCGGUCCAAUUAUAAUAGGGAUGGUGGAAGUAGAGAUGGUGGUUAUGGUGGCGGCGGCAGGGGGGGUGGUUUUAACAAAGGCGGAGGCGGUGGCUUUGGUGGUGACAGAGGUGGGGGGGGUGGUGAAAUGGUCACUCAAGACGACACCGUUUUCAUUCAAGGGAUGAAUCCAUCAACCACAGAAGAUGAAUUGUGCCAGCAUUUCGGAGCCAUAGGUAUCAUUAAGAUGGAUAAAAAAACACAAAGACCCAAAGUAUGGAUGUAUAAAGAUAAAUCAACUGGUCAACCGAAAGGAGAAGCGACAGUAACGUACGAAGACUCCAACGCCGCCACAUCGGCUAUACAAUGGUUCGAUGGAAAAGAUUUCAAUGGCGCAACAAUUAAAGUGUCUCUCGCGCAAAGACAAAACACGUGGGCCGGAGGGAAAGGUGGUGGCGGAGGCGGAGGCGGAUUCCGCGGGGGUCGGGGCGGCGGAGGAGGUCCGCCGCGAGGCGGCCGCGGAGGGGGUGGCGGCGGUAGCGGACCACCGUCAGGCAACAGAGAAGGAGACUGGCGGUGCCCCAAUCCCAGCUGUGGAAAUACGAACUUCUCGUGGAGGAAGUCGUGUAACAGAUGCAACGAGGAGAAGCCCGGUGGUGGCGGUGGGGGUCCGCCAUCAGGCGGCGGCGGUGGCGGUGGUGGUCGUGGAGGAGGCCCACCUCGGGGGGGCAGAGGAGGUGGCCGGGGAGGAGGUGGUAGCUGGGGUGGUAGACCAGAUCGUGGUGGAGACCGAUCGGGAGAUCGCCGAGGAGGCGGCGGUGACCGUCCUAGCGGCGGGGCUAUGAGAGGAGACGGCGGUGGAAGAGACAGACAGCGGCCGUAUUAAGUAUAAUUUAUUCAUAGUUCUUACAUAAAAUUUGAAAAAUACUAAUAGAUCCUCAUCCUUUUGUUUUUAUUUCAUAGUGUAAAUUGUCAUUGUUAUACGAAUGGAUCAUGUUGUAAAAUCAAUUGGUAUUUGAAUGGCUGUUUUUGA